AUGAUUGCGAUCAAUCGUCGUCGUCCAGCACCUGCUCAAGAUACUGAGAGCCUCAAGCUACAUACGAUGAAGGCCAAUAUGCUAGAAGCCAGAAAACAAAUAGUACAGAAACGUGCGCUGGCAGCCAAAGCGGAAGCAGCAGACCGUAAUAUAUUGCGAUUCUUGUCUUCGGAAAUCAUUACAGAACCGGAGAGGCUAGUACGAGGUCCCGCCAUUACGAUUGACAUGUUUCCCGUCGAACUCAAGCUGCAAAUCCUCGGCGACUUGACCGACAUUCAUUCAUUGCACUCGUUAAUCUCCACCUCCCAAAAAUUCUACGACUGCUAUAUGAUUGACCGAUGCAAUGUUCUCUGCAGUGUGCUCGUCAAUGAGAUGACUCUCCCUAUCUUUAUUCAAGCGGUUGUCAUAUCCAGCGAAUCGGUAUGUGGGAUAAAAUGGAAGGGCGAGUGGAAGCAUCGCUUCCAGAACGUGCGCGACUUUAUGGAUCAAUACUCGCAAGAAGCAAAAGUCACAACCUUAAAUCCAAGAGAUUACAAUCUCAAAACUCUUAUCCGUGUCGCUAAAUUCCAUUCGACAAUAAAAGCGACUUCUAAGGAUUACUUUGAAUCUUGUUUAGGAUUACAUCCAUGGACGCAUGAGAAGUACGAGAAGAGUCCAUUGGAGAGAGUCGAGGAACUUCGGAUCCAACGAGCCCUAUAUAACAUCGAGCUAUAUUUCCGUCUUCUUAAGCAUGGGGAUGGUUAUAUGAUGAAAUUGAAAAGAUUGAGCAUCCAGCGCGACAUAAGCCCAGGUAGCAUGAUCCAGCUGGGGCUUCAUAAGUCGUUUCUCGGCCAUUUCACCUUAUGGGAAACGGAAGAGAUGUACUCCAUACUAGACUAUAUGGAGCGAGAAUACCAUUAUAUUCUCCAAGACUGUAAACGCUUCUUGGUAACGAGUUCCCAAGCUCAAUUAUAUGGCUCCCCGUCAACUUUGGCAAAAAUUCGUAUGGAGGAGACCAGAUACAGGCAGAAGCAUCCUUCUAAUCCUACGAACCGUUCUAGUGAGCUUGAAUGUUCGUUGUCCAGCAUGGGGAUUGGAUACUUCUGGAAAGUUUGCAGGCAGGAUGGACCCAAGACAAUGAUUCCUCUUCUAGACAAGCCUAUACAAAGACUUGCUAAGUCAACACUGGCUUUUUACAAGUUAUUACCAAUAUGUAGCUAUCUACAAACCGAGAGCGUUGCAAACCAUCCAGGCCUAGGAACAUCAACAGCCACUCAUACCGAAUUCAAAUUUAUAUACACGGCGAACCUAACAGCCAAUACAGAUUUGCAUGCCUACUUCAAUUCGAUGGACUCAACGAAAGACGUAGAACAAGCACUCAAGUUUCCCAGCUCGUCUAUGGCAUGGAAUGCGAUAGAUGAACUCCUUGACACGUCCCCCUUUGCAAUUCGUGAUUUUCUGUCUUCUUUCGGAUAUUGUAUGUGGACUUCAUGUCGGCUAAAUCGUUUAAUGGAGGAACGUGGGUCGCUCGAUGUGAUGUACCCUUCCACUGUAUCGAGAUAUCUUGGUCCGAGAUUUCGCUUGGGCUUGGAGAAAGGCGUAUCGAGAAAACCUUGA